AUGGCGGUUUGGGGACCUUACCAUCACCGCCUGGCCGAGAAGAUUAGACUCAAGGGCAUAAGACUCAAUUCCCAGGGAGAGAUUGUGCCUGUCGAGAUCAACGGCCCGGCGGACUUCGAGUCCUGGCGCGAGAGCUACAGUGUCUUUAGAACUGGUUGCAUUAUGUUCGGUCAGAUAUCGCCUGCCAGACUGGAUGGCUACGAACAUCACAUUCGGUCGUACCAUGAGCGUUAUGGAAGGGGAUGCUGGGCUCUCUUGUAUCAGGCCGAUGUACGAGCCAGGCUGGAGCUUGCAGAGAGGCUCAGGCGCCAGGGCAAGGAGGAUCGUGAUAAUGCCAUUUCCGCUGGAGCGACGCACGACUUCGACCCCAAGAAGCCUUGGGAGUGGGUGUGGAAUAUGAUUGUUAAGGACCACGCCUUUUGGCACCGCGAGCUGGAGGAGCCGGCUUUGCUCAUUCUGGCCAAGACGCAGAAGGCUUCCCAGUUGUUGGGUACCGACGCUCCGGUGGAUGCGCCUGGGAACUUGGGCGUGGACCGGCCGCCAUCUGCACCCUCUGCACCAGUCAAGCGCAAGCGCGAUGACAAUGUCAGGCAACACAUGACGGGCGAGGAAGGCCUUCUCACCCACAAUAGGCACGGAUUGAGGCCCCCUCAGCCCCCCUUCCAGAACCCCAUUUUCGAGCCCAAAUGGGGGUCUGGGCGCGGUGGACAGCGGCAGGACCUAGCUGGCGGGGGAAGCGUUGGAUUGAGCGAUGCCCAGCGAACAACUGACAGGCCCCGAUUCCUGCACAUGUUCAGUGGCCCAGCCGGUCGCGAAGACGGCCUGGCUGCAUCUCUCAAAUCCUUGGCAUUGGGCUGCGAUUGCGAGGAGUGGGACAUCGUGAACGGCGAUGCGUAUGACCUCGCCGAUGACGCCACCUAUCAGAUGCUUAGACAGCGGAUUUCUCAAGGUGAGUUUGAUAGGGGCUUAAUGGGCCCGCCGUGCCACACCUUUUCGAACGCUCGCAGGGAGAGCGAUGGUGGACCCAGGCCCCUUCGUCCACCUGGUGAUCGCGACAUCUACGGCAGGCCUGGACUUAGCCCGGAGGAAAAGGAGGACGUCCGAUUAGGAACGCUGCUGGCCCUGCGGGCAGCCGACGCCUUCAAGCUCUUUUACGAGUUGGGCAAGCCUGUCAUCCUAGAGCAGCCGGCCCGUUCCGAACACAAUGGCGCUAUCAGCAUGCUGAACCUUCCGGAGAUCAAGCGCAUUCUGGAGUUUGAAGGCAUUCACCACACCAAGGCGAACUUUGAGGAUGCCCUCUCGACGUGCCGGCACUCCAAACGAUGGUGGAGGCUCCCUAGUACGGGCGCCUGGAAGCAGGCGGCGCAUCCUCCUUUGAAAGGAAAGGAGUCCAAUGUUCCGGCGGACCAGUGGCAUUCUUCUAUGAUCCUUUCUACCGAGGCCAGGCGAGCGAAGUUCAGGUUUGCGCCAUACCUCACCAAGGCAGCGGCUGCUUACCCUGGUGGCCUCAACGAGUACUUCGCUCGCAAGCUUAAGGGGGCGCAUGACAAUCAUUCCGUGAAGGUGACCCCCUGGAGGCUGGCCGGUAGGUGGAAGAACGUGCUGGUUAGAGAUGAACCCAACAUGCAGCCGUGCAACGAUGUCGCCAACACUGGAGUUGUCCCUCACCUCUCCUGGUCACCGGCGCUGCGGGGAAAACAGGGCCUUGCCGAUGAGGACGUGGACAUGCACUUAGGGGGCAUGAGACACCCCAGAAGGGCCAUGGAGACCAUUACUGGUUACGACUGUAUCGGCAAGGCCAUCUUUCACACGUUGGACCGGUACCUUGAUUCACAACCUGACCUGCAGCGCCAAUGUCUCGAGGCCAUCGGUUCCAACGAAGCCAAAGCCCCGAGCCAGGAGCACAUUGGCGAGAUCAGACGUGAACUUGAAGCUUUACUAGGCCUGGAAGGACACUCGCAUGAACAAGGCCUGGAUUAUGGCAUGCUGGGAGCGUGGGGCCGCAUUGCUGGCGACCCUGAUACGGAUUUCAUUGAGGGCUGGCUCAGAGAAGGAUCCCCGGCAGGCAUCAAUGGCCCCAUCGUUGAUCCCGGCAUCUUUCCACAGGACGACGCGCAGCAGGACGAUGAUGAAGGCCAGGAUUAUUUCCAUGACCCCGCGGGCCACGAGAACUACAAGUCGGUCGAGGACGACCCCAUGGCGCUGCCGGAGAUCCAGAGGCUCAUUGACACGGGCUAUGUCAAGGUCUUCGACGAUCUGGAGUCAUGUCAAGAAUGGCUGGGCGGACCCCCGCUCACCUCAAAACUCGCCAUGGUCACCAAGGUGAGGUCUGAUGGGACUACCAAGCGGAGACUCAUUCUGGACUGCCGGGAGUCCGGCGCCAAUUCGCUAGCGCACAAAGGGGGCCGGGUUCAGUUGCCACGCCCCACUGACUUGGUGGACGACUCGCUUUACCUCCUCAGCCGCUCGAAGGGCGAAGAAGUGGAAGCUCUCGUUCUCGACUUCAAGGACUGGUUCUACUCAGUUCCACUUCAACAUGCGGAGCGUCGCUACUUCACCACUGCCUACCGCGAAAGACCCGGGGGUCCUCUUCGAUACAUCGUCUUCCUGACCCAAACUCAGGGGAGCAAGAAUGCUCCUAUCGUCUGCGGACGCGUGGCGGCCUUCAUUGGGCGACUCAGCCAAUCGCUCUUUCUUUCGGAUAGAGCAAGGCUGCAAGUAUACGUGGAUGAUCCUUGCUUCCUGAUGGCGGGCUCACAAGGUCAACGAGAUCGCCUGGCAUCAAUAUUGAUUUGCCUGUGGAUGUCACUCCGGAUUCCACUGGCCUUUGGUAAGGCUUCCUGCGGCGCCGAUUUCACCUGGAUUGGCGUGCAUUGCCACAUCAAGGCUGGCAAGGACGGCAAAGUGACGGUAACGGGCAAAACCGAGCUGAUGCAAGAGAUCCUGGAGGCCACCGAGGCGCACCAGAAAGUGAACGUCAUCAGCCUAAGGGACCUCCAGAAAUACGUCGGGAAGGCCAACUACGUGGCGGGCGUUGUGGACACAUGGCGCCCCUUCCUGACGGACCUCUGGGCCGUAAUAAACAGCUGCGGUCCCGAAUCUCGCCCCAAGAAUUGCGUCUGGACAAAACAAUGGGCGCACGUCACAGCUUUGUUCCUCGCCUUCUACAGGGGCGAGGUUGGAACACUGACUCGCGAGUACAGGGUCAGUCACUAUUUCGGGAGGGUCAUCAAGAUGCGGAUUGUUACCGAUGCCUGCCCUUGGGGCAUCGGAGGCUUCCUGGCGAUGCACAACACGCCGAUAGCCUACUUCUCGGACGCCCUUUGCGAUUUUGACCUGGAGCUGGCCGAAGCUGAGCGCGGAUCCCCUGACGGUCAACAGGUUUGGGAAUCCCUGGCCUUGUUGGUCGCGCUACGAUUAUGGACCUCGCACUGGGUCAAACGAGGGUCGAUCUACACCUUGGAUCCGACAGCGUAUCGGCUCUUAGCCUGUUGA